GGCGAGGGUGGGGUCUGCUAUUUAGGGGACGCCAGACCCUAAAUCUGGGAGGGACGGACAUGAAAUGCCUGGGUGUGGGGCUGUCGUCUUCUUGAGCGACGACAAUGGUGCGACGUGGUACUGCUGUGGGGGUGUUGAGAAAUCUGAGAGCGCCAGGAAUACCUACGACGGGAGGUCGUUCAGAACCUUCUUUCUUACGUCAGUUUUCGACAAGGAUGGCACAAAUUGGGUCAAGGAAGACAAGAAGGUCGGCCUUGACUUGCGGCUCUUUCAAGGCUACAACGUCAAGGCUUUCUCCAUGAAAGCGUUUGACGUGCGCGGGGACGGCACCGAGCUUCGCAUGCUGACUGCGGAACGUUUCCUCAGUAGAAUGAACGGCUACCGCGUCACUGACUGCCUUCCUGUCGUUGAAAGUUCCUUGGAGCUCACCAAACUCUUGGUGAAAUUCAGCAGCCCGGCGGACCAACUGCUAGGCGUUGUUAAGGAGUACAGGGAAGCCUUCUCGAGGCUGCCUCUGGACCAGCAAGCCGACUACGUUUUCGUGCCCUUUGUCACGAGCUCGAGGAAAUCGCGACAGACGCCAUCCGCGCUGGUUGGGAAGAGGAAACAGUUGGCUACUUGUCCAGCUCCGCCUUCGCCAGCCGCGUCGCCCUCGCCCUUGCCCACGGUGAGGGGAGGUCACGAUAUCGCUCAAUGUUCCAGCGAGGCUACAGAGUAUGAUGACAGAAAUCUGUACGGACGCAAUGCUCCGUGUGACAGUGCUCAGAAAGAUGCGACUGCCCUCACUGAGCGAAACGAGGAGGAAGAAGAUGGGGGAAGUUGCGGUCCACGUAAAGACGACGGUGAUAACGAGUAUAUGGACGUUGGGGAUGAGAACAUGCACGACCAAAACAUACUUGGCGAUGACGACGUCGGUGUCACGUCGGAGCAUGGCCCUGGCGACAUCCCCACCGGUUCUGUGGGAGCGGUAGUUGGUCGGCCCUUGUCGUCCCCUGCGAUAUGGCAUUUGCAAGGCGGGAGUCAGGGUGGGCAUGACUCGCAGGAGCACGGAGGAUCAAAGUCGAGGAAAAGGACAAGAGAAACUUCUCCUUCUGCUUUCGCUCACAAGAGACAAGCGAGGACUGACGCUGUUAAUGAGGCUCGUGGAGCUCUGGUGGCAUCCCGGGAGGCGAGACCUCCUCGGAAGAGCAGCCAGGGGGGAAGAUCUGGCAGUCGUGGUGACGGUCGUGGUGGCGCAAGAAAAGGUAAGCAGAUAGUGAGGGCAGAAGAACUGCGAGACUCAGGGGUCGAGAGCGAGAGAGUGGGCCCUCGCAUGCCUGACGAUGGUGAUGAACCGCUUCAGCACGCCGCGCCCAUUGACAUGACGCGUUGUUUCUUCCUCGAGUACGACGAGCGGGGUUUCGCUAAGCAAAACGUCCUUCCUGUUCUUGUGGACGUCAUGAAAAUCAAACGCAUUCCCCACGGUAAUAUUCUUUUCAACCACCGCUCUUUGUCUGCGAAUAUUGUGCGAGGCAUCGUGAUGUCGAGGAGGCACUCCGUAUUCACUCUCGGAGGCAUGACCUUGACGUUCAUCGCGACCACCUUCCCUUUCAUGAGGAGGAGCAGUGCAACUUCCCUCUCGCGGCACAUCCUCAAGUUCGAUUUUCGCAAAGACCAAUUGACGUCCAAGGACUACGCGGAGCUCACGAAAUCGGGCAAUGGCUUUAACCCCGUCGACAGCGAGGAAGAUUCUUCGGACUCCGACCUCGAACUGGGCGAGGACACAUGUGCUGAGGUUCCGCGCGGAGGAAUAGUGCAAGCUCAUGAUGACGGAACUGUCCAUUCGCACGAAGGGUCCAUCCCGGUGACCGCCCCAAGCGUCGCCUCAAUGGUGGCCCCGUCGGAGACUGCUGCAUUGCAAGACAAUGGAAGAUGCGGUGGCAAUGAAGAAGACGACAUUGCGAUACCAGGCGAGGCGUCGACGCUCGCACCAGGCGAUGCAAUUCCUCCAGGCUACUAUGCUGACCCGAACACGAUUUAUUUCUUGGAGGGCAAACACACCCACACAGGCGAGGAUCAAUGGGGCCAUGACGUCAUAUGGCAUGAGGGCGUUUUACAGCCGUGCAUCCAAGAUGGGGAGUGGAAGAUGGCGGUGAAAUACACAAGCGGUUGGAAGACUUUUCGUCGGAUGUCAAAGGACAUCUGGUUGAAAACGACGGAGCUCGCGAUCCUGCAUCGCGUGCGCGUCAAGAAUCCAAGGCAGAGCGAGGCUGCCAUCAAAGCCAGGGCCGAAGAAUUGUUUCAUGUCUUGCGCGACAAUCGGCAACUAGAGUACAACAACAAAUUUUAUGCCCUGCGCUCGAGUCCCUCACGCGGGUCAAUCAACUGGAAGGUUGAUCAAACCGCCAAAACCUUGGAGGGGAGCUGCUCUCAUGAUUUCAUGCCUUCGGUUGAGCCGUCCUCCGUGGCCGCGCAAGCAGGGCACAGGGGAGAUGACGGGACUACAGUUGUCGGGCCUCAAGAGGUUGACAUGUUGUCAAUGCCGCAAAUAUCAGAAAAAUUCAUCUCGGUCGCCGCGGCACAAUCGUCCCCGACCAUCGAGGUGUCAACGACGUUGCCGUCGGAUGCAGGUGCCACGUACGGGAGUUCAUUGAUAACAAAUGCUGCAAUGCAAGGCAGAUCCGAGAUCGAGUCAGAAUCUGAUGUUGGGCCGAGCGUGGCGGAGAGUCAGUUGCAACCGUCUUUAUGCACUAGCAAAGGUGAUGCACAAUCACCGCUGACACCACAGAGAGGGGCCGGUGGGGAUGGCGGGAAGGGAGGGGAUGUGGAGGGAAUGCACCGUUCUCGCAACCUCGAUACCUUAACCGCUGAUAUUGAUUAAAAGGGUGAGGAUGAGUUAGAUGGAAGGGGUGCAAUUGGAGGGGGAGAAUCCAGUGAUAUAAUUACAACUUCACCUCUGCCUUGUUGAACGAAAUUGUGUAAUUGACUUGGUUCGUUGUUUUGUUUAAAACAGAAUUCGUAUUAGUCUUUGUACGCACCAAUUCUACAUCGUUUUUCCAUUUAUGUAUAUAUAUUUUUUUCACCUCAAAUUUUUAAUAGACCUGAGAUGUUUAGAUUGACUGCCCGUCUCGACGUCCAGUAACAAAUCGUGGUGGGAGCG